AUGAGUCUGGCGGACACGCCGACGGUGGAUGAAACGCAGAGAGCUCUUGUUCAGCUGCGAAACGGCAGGUGUGCCGGUGCCGACUGGAUUCUGCCUGAAAUAUUGAAGCGCGGCAGACCGACGUUGGUGAAUGUGCUGCACCACUUGAUGCAACGCAAGCGGAUUGAGAAGGAGCUACCUACUGAGCUGAAGGAUGCUAUUGCGCUGCCAAUGUACAGGGCCAAAGGCAGCACGCAUAGUUGCACGAAUUACUGUGGCAUCAAAUCGCUGAGUUGUGUG